AUGAGAGGCGCCGCGGCGGGCGGGGGCGCGAGGGGGAGACAAGGCGCUGGCCUGGCAGCCGCAGGGGGAAGAGCGGAAAGAGCAGCGGAUGCAGGUUUCCAGGCCAGGGGGAAGGGCGGUAAGGGGAAGGGAAGGGGCGGAGGCGGAGGCGGGGGAGAGAAGGGCGGGGGAAAAGGCGGAAGAGGAGGCGGAGGGGAAGGCGGAGCGGUAGGGGGGGCUGGGGGAGAGAAGCUGGCGCAGAACAGGACAGCGUAUCUGCAGGUGCUGGGGACGGGUAUGGACACGGGGGAUACUUCCCCCUGCGUGCUGCUGUUCUUCGAGCGGCUGCGCCUGGUGUUCAACGCGGGCGAGGGACUGCAGCGCCUUUGCAUCGAACACCGCAUCAGGCUGUCAAAGGUGGACAAGAUAUUCCUCUCCCGCGUGUGCACCGAGACGGCAGGGGGGCUGCCAGGCAUGCUGCUGACACUCGCCAACACGGGGGAGACAGGUGUCACGGUGGACAUAUGUGGGCCGUCGGAUCUCCAUCGGCUGGCAGCAGCCAUGCGCUGCUUCGUGGGCGCAGCUUCGGUCCGAACCUCCAGCUUCGGCAGCAGCAGCCCUGGGCGUCAGUCGUACCCGCACGCCCCACUCCCUCCUGCGUACAUCAAAGCACAGCAGCAGCAGCAGGGAAGGGAAGGAGAGGUGAUGAGAGAAGAGCAACUGGAAAGGGAGAGCGGGAAAGAGGGAGAGAGUGGGAAGGAGCAGGAGGACAAGAGCGCGUACAUAGUGCAUGACGAUGGGGACGUGAAGAUCACUGCUGUGCUGCUUGAACCAGCAUUUCCAGAAAUAGCAGCAUCAUCAUCAUCAGCAGCAGCAGCUGCUGCUUCCCACAACACCACUGCCACGAUUAGCAGCACGGUGCUCCCGUCGCCAUCCGCGUCCUUUAAGGAAUUGACUCUCUCGCAACUGAAAGAUGGCGGACUGGCAGGAGAGGGAUUCACAGGUGUCAGUUCCGAAGCGGCCCUCCCCUCUGCCACGUCAGCGAAGCGCCCCAGUCCUUCCGGCCCUGCUGACGUCAGCAGCGGGUGGGGCACAGUCAGCGCCGGAAGCGAGAAGAGGGCGAGGGUGCAGGGAGAGAGGAAGGAGGAAGAGGCGGGGGGUUCAGCUGCAGGAGCAACAACAGGAUUUGCAGCAGGAGCAGCAGCAGGGGUGGUGCCAACAGCAGCAGGUGUUGCGGCAUCAGUGGCAGCGCCAGCAGCAGCAGGGAUGGCAGCAGCAGCAGCAGCGGGCAUGGCGGCGGUGGUGUAUGUGUGCGAGUUGCCGACAGCAGCAGGGAGGUUUGACCCCGAGCGAGCUGCAGCCAUGGGCAUCCGCCCCGGCCCCAAGUACCGGCGCCUGCAGAUGGGGGAGAGCGUUGCUAGCGAUGAUGGGAGCACCAUGGUUUACCCAUCUGACGUCCUCGAAGCAUCCGUCCCAGGCCCCGUUGUCCUCCUUAUAGACUGCCCCACUGCAAGCCACACGCAAGCCCUCCUGCAGUCGCCGCAGCUGCAGCGAUUCUUCAUCAGCAACCGCCAGAAACCCAAGAGUGACAAUAACGGGGGUGACAAUAUCAUCAAGGGUGACAAUAACGGGAAUGACUAUAAGGAGGUGACAGUGGCUGUCCACGUGAGCCCAGAAGCUGUGGUGGAGGAGGAGCAGUACCGGCGAUGGAUGGGCAUGCUGGGAGGCAACACCACACACAUGCUAGCUGGUCAUGGGAGGGCCUUCGAGUGCCCGCCUGUGCUAGCGGGGAGUGCAGCCCUGACAACCAAGCUCCACUACGUGUGUCCGCACCUCUUCCCUGAACCAUACGACCACACACUGACAAGACGGGCAGCGGAAGCAGCAGGAACAUCAACAGCAGCAGCACAGACGUAUGAGCUGGAGCCUGUAACUGGUCUCCCGCUCGGCCCCAUUGUCAUUGCCAAGAACCUUCUCAAGGUCAACCUGCGAGGCGCCCCUGUUUUGGGAGUUGACACGUCAGCAGUGCCGCCCGCUUUCAACGCCAGGAGCACUGUUCACCACUUGCUGCACAGCAUUCCGGAGCUUGAGGAAGCUUCCAGGAAGGUGGCUGUGGAUUGGGGAUUGGGGAGCAAGGCGAAGGAGGGGGAGAAAAUGGGAGAGGUGGAGGGAGAGAGGAUGGGAGAGGUGGAGGGAGAGAGGAUGGGAGACGAAGGGGAAGGGGGAGGAUGGAGAGGAAGUGGUGAGGGAGGGAGGAGUGGUGCUGUUGCUGCUCCUGCUGCUUCAGGUGCUGCUUCAGGUGCUGCUUCAGGUGCUUCAGGUGCUUCAGGUGCUGCUGCGUGGGGGGGUGCACCAGCGUGCAUACGGGGAAUGGGCAGGGAGGAGGUGGAGGUGGUGUUUCUCGGCACGGGCUCAUCCCAGCCGUCCAAAUACCGCAAUCUCAGCGGCAUCUACGUUCACCGGUUCGACCGUGGAGGGAUGAUAUUGGACUGCGGGGAGGGCAGCUACGCGCAGCUGACCAGACGGUUUGGGCCAGAAAAGGCAGAAGAGAUUAUAGCUGGUCUGAAGUGUAUUUGGAUCUCUCACAUCCACGCUGAUCAUCACACGGGGCUUGUCAGAAUUCUUGCUGCCCGAAGAGACAUUCUUUUGCGCCGGGCAGCUCAGCGGGCAGCUCAGCGGGCAGCUCAGCGGGCAGCUGAACGGGCACGUCCUGGAACAGAUUUUCAGGAAGCGGUUGAGAAGAUGGAGAGUGAGGAACUGGACAAGGAUACUACAGUGCAAGUGCCGCCCAUUUUGGUGGUAGGGCCGAAGCAGCUUCGGCGGUAUCUGGAGGCGUAUCAGACGUUCGAAAGCCUCCACCUGACGUUUUUGGACUGUAGCCAGACGACGAAGGAUGCCGCCGCUCUUGCUGCUAAAGCAGGAACAGCAGGAGCAGCAGGAGUAGCAGCACGUAGUGCUGCUUCUGCAAGGGGCCUGGAUGGAGGGAUGGAGGAAGGCGAUGGGAGGGAGCAGUGUGGUCUUAUCUGGCAAAAAGAAAGCCAGUCUAAACAGCAGCAGCAGCAGCAGCAGCAGUCAGGGGUUUACCAACAGAGAACUGAAUCAGCCGUUAAAAACCUAGACAACCAAGAGAACCGAGACAACCGGGAGAGCAGAGAGAGGGAGAGGAAGGGCCUGCGCCCCUUCUGGCUCAAAACAGGGUUCCACCUGGAGGACGGGGGUUUGGACGAGCCGGGCAGGCAGCAGCUGGGGGAGGUGUUAUCUGCGCUGGGGCUGGCCCGGCUGGAGAGUGUGCCUGUGGUGCAUUGCCCCCAGGCGUUUGCUGUGGUGCUGGAGGGUUGGGUGAGAGGGCGAGAGGGGGGGAGUGGGGAGGAAGAUUCCUGGAAGCUGGUGUACUCGGGUGACACUCGCCCGUGUGAUACUGUCAGGGUGGCGAGCCGAGGAGCUACAGUGCUGAUUCAUGAGGCGACAUUUGAGGAUGAUUUGCAGCACGAGGCAAUAGCCCGAAAGCACAGCACGACGAGCGAGGCAGUGGAGGUGGGUGCGUCUGCCCCCGCUUAUCGCACCAUUCUCACCCAUUUCAGCCAACGCUACCCUAAAAUCCCCCGCCUCGCGCCCCCGGUGAAAAGUAAGAAGAGAGGAGAUGGUGGUGCGGGCGGCGGGGAUGCGGAGGGCGGCGAAGGUGGGAGUGCGGCAAUUGCGUUUGAUUUGAUGUCAGUGAAUUUUUGUGACUUGCCGAGGCUGCCGGAGUUGGUGCCGGUUUUCCAGCUGCUGUUUAGGGAUGCGCUGGAAGAGGAGGAAGAGGAGCAAGAGGAGGGAGGUUGA